AUGCCGACAAGCACCAGAAUAGCGGACGGUCAGGCCGCCGAGGCUGCCCCGCUUCUUUUAGUACUUGGCAGGAGAAGCCACCCGAAAGUGGCUAAGGCACGGGCGCCAAAGGCCCCUGCGGCUUUCUUUUUGCAGCUCCAUCACACCAACACCCAUGCGAAAGCCAAUGCCCAUGUCCAUACUCGCCAGCCAUCACAUGCUUUUCUCAAUCCUUUCUCUCGUCUCUUUCACCCUCUUGCACUCUCGCCACAGCUCUUUGCUCGUCUCCCGAAGUCGCCCCGCUACUGGCUGCAACCCCCCGGCUCGCUCGGCAAUCAUAGUGAGACUCCCGACUCUGGCCUGCGGCCUACUACCACUACUACUAGGUGGACAUACCAUGUAUACAGAGUGCAAGGUGCCUUUGACCGUUGGCCCUUUCCCCAUCCCACGCCAUGGUUUGUGGAUGCACAUGAUGCAAAGGGCGCAAAGCCACAGCCCUGUAACCAGCCCAAAUCGCUAGAGGCGUGUCGCACUACGAUGCAACAGGCUCAGGGCCGCCCAAACGAAACACCUAUAACUCGCUUCUGACUCUGCGCCCUCAGUCGUGCAGUGCAGACUGUGCCGCUUUCGACGGCGACGGCAAAACGACGACCCACUGCGCAGCCAUUCCGGGCGAGGGCCGCAGUUCCCCCCCAUGCCGCCG